AUGGACGGUCAUCCGGCGUCGCCCGGCAAAGGGAGCGUCCACGCCCGGAACAGGUCCUCGCAGAGUACCAACCCGCCCUCACCCUCGAGCUCCUCGCUCGAGUCUCCCUCUCACCUCCGAUCCACCACCACCAACCAGCGACAGCCCUAUGCUCGCACCCCUUCCUUCGAGCCGCCGAGCUUCUUCGCGAACGGCGGCUCCGAUGCUGGAUCCUCCAGUCAUCAGGGCCGCGGCGGAGCGCUGACGGUCGACCUCGGUCACGGCGUCGCCACAGCAGAGGAAAUGUCGCCUACAGCUCGACGUCUGCACAAUGCCGAGGCUGGUCGCGCCAGUGGCUCCGGGCUCGGACGAAAUCGCUGGUGGCCUGAUGGCACGGGCUCCACCGCAGCUCCUCGGAUUCCACGCUCGGGUCGCCAUGAGCCCGGCACGAGCGAUCCCGACGCCGCCUCGCUCGCCGACGCCCAGAGCGUGGCUGGCCCGGCGACCUACAGCAAUGGCGCGGCUCACACUGUCCGGGCGACGAUGCCGGCGGGUCCACUAGCCGGCGGGGGCUACUCGUCGUCUGCAUCGACAGAAGGCGAAGCCUACCUCAACGCCGCCUCUCAGCUCACCUCGCGGACACCGACGCCGCUGAUUGGCGUCAACCUCGACGACCGAGCCGCCGGCGCGCUGACGAGCGAGGCGACCGAGAGCGAAGGGUCCGAGUACGACGAGCAAACUACGCUCAAGCACGGCCGAGGCUCCGAGACUCCGAAGGCGAAGCCGAGCGUGCUGGGCGCCCUGGGAAAGGGCUGGGCGGGAGAGGGCUUCUGGGGCGCCUCGGCCUCCAACGGCCACGGUCCGACGACGGCAAGGGCGCGCAACUCGAAGAAGGGCAAGUGGGUCAAGCCUCGCAGCGGCGCUGGCGCGGGCGCGGGCUCGGAUCGGGGCUGGCUGCUCAACGCCGGCGGCUCGGCGCCCAGGUUGCGGCGGCGGCCCAACGCGGCGCUGACCCACCCGCUGCGCAUGAUGGCCUCGUUCCUCAGCAAGCUCUUCCGCACCUUCUUUGGGCCCAUCCAUCCGGUCACGAUCCUGGUCGCCCUGGUGCUGAUCGCCAGCUUUGUCACGUCGGUCACAAAGCUCAUCAUCUACAUCCUCAACCCGGACAAGGAGCCGCUGCCCUGGCGCACCUAUUGCCAGCAGCAGCCGCCGUUCCCGCACGCGUACGCGGACGCGCUCGCCCCCGUCGAUGUCUUUGUCGGCAUCUUCAGCGUCGACAGCUCCUACGAGCGCCGCCACCUGAUCCGCAGCACCUACGCCGCCCACACGGUGCCCGUCGAUCCGCAGACGGGCGCGCCCCUCGGCAACAUCCAGGUCCGCUUCAUCAUCGGGCGGCCGCGCAAGGCGCACGCGCGGAGGGUGGCGCUCGAGAUGGAGGUCUUCAACGACCUCGUCAUCCUCGACAUGGAGGAAAACAUGAACCGGGGCAAGACCCACGCAUUCUUCAAGUGGGCCGCCGACAACGCCACAGUGCCCUUCCUGCGUCCCGUCGGCGGCCAGCAGGCGCAGCUGUGGCAGUCGAAUGUGGAGCAGUUUGGCGGCGGCGGCAGCGGCGGUGUUGGUGGCGGCAGCUUCGGGCAGACGCACGAGGUGGCGCGUGGCAGCGGCGAGAGCGAGGAGCGGUACGAGGUGGCGUGGAAGAAGGCCGACUACGUCGUCAAGGCCGACGACGACGCCUUCAUCGUCCUCGAGGAGCUCGAGCGCCACCUGCGCGUCUCGCCGCGCCAAAUGACCUACUGGGGCUACCUGAUCCGCAACUGGUUCAUGGGCGGCGAGUGCUACGCGCUGUCGAGCGACCUGGUGCAGUACGUCGCCACCUCGGAAAACGUGCUGCACUACACGAAGGGCAAGGAGGACAAGAAGGUGGCGCAGUGGAUCAAUCUCCAUCCCAACCGGGCCGCCAUCAAUUGGGUGUCGGAGCAUUGCUGGAUCUACGACCAUCCCAAGGCGGGCACCGCCUACUCGCACGGCUUCCUCUUCCCGGAUCACGUCGAGAAGAUCAAGAUGGAAGGCCGUCGGGGCCUGACCGACCAGGAAAUUGCUCGCCGCGGCGGCGAGCACCGGUCCAAGAGCUUCUCGACGGUGAGGCGGUGGCACCAGGCCUACACGGAGCCGCGGGGCGACCUGACCAUCGAGGAAGAGGUCGAGGCGCUGGUCGAGGGCGGCGGAAGGUGGUCCGGCACCUGGGUGCGCGGCGAGGAGGGCAACGACACGCAGGUGUGGGUGCCGCGCGAGCAGAUCGUCUACGAGGCCAGCGACGACCGGCUCAGAUCGCCAAUGGCGCUCAACGUGGCCACCCACGCCGCCCUGGCCGACGAGGCUCGCGACGGGGGCUUGCUGCCGAAGCUGGCUGCGCUGCCUAGCCUGGGCGACCUGCCGUCGCUGUACGGCGCUGAUCCGCGGGAGCGCAAACGGGCGCACGCGAUUCGCUCGGCCCAGCCCCGCCUGAUGCCGCUGCCGUCGCACCGAGACGGCAACGGCGAGGCAGAGGCGCUGCGGGCCAAGCGGUACCUGGGCCGGCGGUACGGCGGUACCGUGGUGGUGCACUUUCUCAAAAAGAGCGAGUGGUUCUACGAGACGGCGCUCGCGCUGUGCGGGCGGAGCAAGUCGUGGCCGGACGGCGCGGGAGGCAGCGGUACCGAGUGGAGGAUGUACGGCAGCCCGCUGGUGCGCCACGAGGAUGGCUACGUCUACGACGGCCGGUCGCAGCCGCGGCCCGACGUCGAGAUGGCCUACCUCCAACAGGCACGGUUGCAGGCCCAGGCCAACGCAGCCCAGGCCCAGGGCCAGGCGGCACGGGUGGGCAGCUUCACCAAGCCGCGCUCGCCCGCACCGAAGCAGGGAGGCGUCGUCCCUCCACCACCACCACCGCCACCGCCACCAUCGCAGCCGGCAGCGGCACAGCCUCCGACUCAAGCGGACGAGGAUGCUUUCCGAGCAACGCCCUGA